CCGUGGAGAAUUUUUUUUUUCAGAGCAAGCAUCGUGAUACGAAUCGGAAGAGCACAAAUUAGCUACUCGAUCUCGAUUCUUCUAGAUCUCGUAAAUCUUCAUCGUGAAAUUUGGCGGGAAAAUGUUUCCGAGGUUGUGGCUUAAGCUUGGAUGAAUCUGAAACUUAUUGUGUUGUGUUCUCGAUUACGUUCUUGAGAUUGUCACAAGUUUUAUCGGAAAGCUUUAGCGGUACAGCGAUUAAGUCAAGGCUUGUCUGCGACAUGAUGGACAAAGACGAGCCGUUUGUCUACGAUGAGGUUGCUUACAAGACGCCAAAGCAGAGUCCCCAGACGUGGCCGAUGGAUAAGAUCCGGCAGGGCCGUUUUCCGCAUAAAAUGUCAUCACUGCUGAGUCCGGUGACUCCUAAAAGGAAUUACAGCAUUAGCAAUGCAAAGUCACUCCUGCUGCAGUGCUUACGGGACGCAAAGUCAGAUCCACUCCCUCGUAGACGCUUUCCGGUUUCAUGCUCAGAUGAAAGAAUCUUGAUGGAUGGUGUUAUGGUCACAUCAGCCACUAAAAAGAAGGUUUCUGAGUCUCCUUCCAGCUCUGUUGGUGGAUCAGCAACUUCUUCAAUCCUCCGGAGCCAGCACAAGAAAAAUAUAGAGUUCAGCAGCCCUAUAAGUGAAUCAGGACGUAACGAGGAAACCACUCGGUCUCAGCAAUCUUCUUCAGCUGGCAAGGGAAAGAUGUUGGAAUAUAGUCCUUGUACACCAAAGGCUGUUAAUCCGUCCAAGCUGCAAGCUUCUGCUGAACCAUUCGUCCUGACACCAAGACGAGCUACUCCUUUUCCACUUCAGCAACCCCAAUAUAAUCCUCAGUUUCCAUGCGCUAAUCCCCUGCAUCUGCAGCCAUACCCGUACUUGCACAGGCCUCGACCUCUGAUCUAUCUUUACCAGAGACCACCACUUCUUCCGCCCCCAUCUCAUGGAUUAGACCCCUAUAUGCUAAACUCUCGAAAGGACUUUCCUCCAAUUCUCUUUGGCAACCAAUCACCAACCAAAAACAACCGCCCUAGAUACUCACUUCCCACAACACCUUCCUCUAGCCAGCCCAACACAACCACCAGCGACCCUCCUGGCUCCUCACCUUCUGUUGGUGGACUUGAAUCAGUGACGCCAAUACCAGACUUGUCGUCGACACCUUCUGAUGGACUCACUACAGUGACACAUAAACCAGACUUGUCUCCACCAUUUGAUGAAGUUGAAACAGUGACGCAGAAAGCAGACUUAUCUCCACCGUCUGAUGAACUUGAAACAGUGACGCCAGACUUGUCUUCAGCUUCUGUUGGAGUAGAAAAAGUGACGCAAGAACCAGACUUGCCUUCACCUUUUGCUGGACUUCAAACUAUGAAGAUAAAGAAAGACUGGUCACCUUCUGAUGAUAGACUCCCAACAUUCACACAGGCUCAACUCGAUUUUAUGACAACACAUAACAGACUCUUCCCAGAUUCUGUUUUCGGGCGUUACAAAUAUAAAAAGAGAAUGUCAGCUUUCAAACUUCAAGAGGAGCACCAGUAAAACAGAAGGUAACACCAUGUUCAUAGAACACUUCUAUUCACCUCUAUAUUUCUUCAUCCAUCAAACUUUUUUCAUCUUUACAUACGACUGUAAACAAAAAAGCUAUUAGAUAUACAACAUU